AUGGAAAGCUUUCUAGACCAACUCGCAGAGAAUUACAACAAUCAGACAAGCUCCCAGCGCAUUGUGGCUAAUAGUUCUGAGUCUGAGCUGAACGAAUGGGUGGUGGAGGGUUAUGUAGGCGAUCCACCUACUUUCAAUUCGCCACAAAGUAUUAUGCUCUACUCACCAAAUUUCCACCCUUGCUCACCCUGGCAAAAAGAUAUUCAAGAACCGUUGAGAUAUCUUAAAGCCCAGUAUGAGAUACAGAGCGAUCCUGAGUGUCUUGCUAUCACAAAUGUCACAGUCGAUCCGUUUUAUACUGGACGAGACAUCAAACGGGCCGCUCAGGCCAUAAUCUACUUUUUCGAACCUCUGAUUAUAUUGAUACCUGAUGAGCUCAAACCAGAUUCAGUCCAACGAACAAAUCAACGCGACAGCCUUUCUUCAACAGAAACCAAAAAAGCCCAAUCUCAGUCUAUUGUUACUAUGGAGGCCAUCGGGACCAUUGAGACCUUCCAUUUCGAUCUUCUCGAUUCCACUGCUCUGGAACUCAUACUGGACUUCUUCCAGCAGGCAAAUGCCGAAUACUGUUUCUGGUGUUUUGAAAAGCUACUGUGCAAUCCGGCCAUAUCGUUUUCUCCCGGUUCAGAAACGCAUUCGACGGUCCAAGAUGCCUUCCGUUGGGUUAGUGUCCGGCUAGCUUUCAUACAAGGGUUCCUCGCAUACACCUCUCUGUCUCACCUGCAGAGGAUUCCUCAAACCUGCGAGGGUCUGCGCGAAUUCAUGUCCGGAAGACCUCCGCCGGCAGGGACCACUCUCCGUGGAAGAUACAAUGUGAGAGGAGUCAGAGUCGGCUAA